AUGCCUCGCAGCUCGCCCCAGGCGCCACUGCAGCGCCAUGACCUAGACGUGGUGAAACAACAGCUCGUUGUUCUCGUCUCUGUAGUUACGACUGUGAUCGUUCUAUGCCCAGAAUGGUUACAGUUCUACAGAAACCUCUGCGCUAUCCCUUUGUUGGCCUGGCUCACAUCAAGGGGUUUCGACUUUGUCAUCAAGUUAGACAAGGCAUGGGACAGUGCACCAGCCAUGGUGAAAUACUUUGUGCCUGUCGACUUUCCGACAAUCACACCUCCCUAUGAACAGAUUCGAGGUCUUACAAAGAGGAGGAUGGAAAUCACAACCAUCAAGCUGCGUCGUUUCGCUUCCGAAAUGAGGCGGAUACUACUCGCUCUGGUCAACUGGAUCUUAUGUCAAAUGCCUCGUGAUACUUUUACUAGUGACUCACCAGGAUCUCAACAAGACAAACCUGCACCAAAACCAAAACCAGAUGGCUGGGUGGCAAUCCUAGUUGCGACACCACUGAUCUUCAACGACAUCAGCUUCAGCUUCGGCCCAGACACCAUCAGAGAAAUCUGCGACGAAAUCCUUUGGGAAAGUACAGAGGUCUCAACGAUCCCCCCGAUUUGCCCAUCAACGAAUCUCCAGGUCGAAUUGACACUUUGUCUCAUUCCGAAAAGUAUCUGGCAUUCAUCCAAGACUGUGCUGGAGAAGUUUAUGACUGGGCUUUAUUGGCAUCAUCAGCCAGGGAAUGUAGCUUCUCGAGGGGAUCAGUGGGACGAAACGAGAAUUCGAAACAUCUCAAGGGCUCAAGUCAUUGGACAUAUCAAGGAUCACAACAAGAUUGAUCAAGUCAAUGAAGAAUUCGAUUCUCUCCGACUAGAGUGGAACGAUACGAAUAAAUACUGGAACAACAUUGACUUCGCCAUUAUCCUAGCCUUCCUCUUUGUCGGCAUUUCCUCCACAGAGAUUUGCAAAAAGAUAUUCGACCAAUUCGCCAGCCUUCGGAUGGAAGAGGCGCAGCGAAAUUAUGACUUGAAUCGCUCACGCUUUGGAGCCGGUGCUGCUGUCUUGACCUUAUUGACAGGAGGACUAGCUGCUCCUCUCACAAUACCAAUGAUGAUGGGAGCAAGCGCUGCCGAAGUGACAAUGUCUUCGCGAGAUCGCUACCUUUGGGAUCAGAGGAUGAGCAGAUGUAAGGAUAUCUCAGAACGAUAUGAAUCAUUGACGGCAUUGGUGGAGGUGGAGGAGAUCAAGGUGUUUACCCCGAAGGCACCAAUUAUGGCCCCAGCUAUGGAGUCAAGCUGGUUUGUGGAUGAUGCUUGGUAG